GCCAUUAUUGGCACAGACAUCCAGGGUGCCUUCGACUCGGUGGACCACUCCACGCUGCUGAACAGGUUGGGCGCCACGCUUACCCUGGAGCCGGCGAUCACUCGCUUCGUUGCGUUAUGGCUUGUUCGGCGCUUUCGGGUACGCCUUGGCCCUGGUGUCUCCACUUGCUACCGCCUCCAUCGUGGCAUCCCGCAAGGGGGCAUCUUAAGUCCGUUCUUGUGGAACUUAAUGGUGCGCGGCUUCUCCGCUCAGCUCAACCAACUUCCUGGGACCUAUCUUCGCUUCUACAGUGACGACGGUACGCUCCACGUUUUGGGUGCCACUCGUGCUGAGGUGGCUACACGCGCGCGGCAUGCCCUCACUCGGCUCGCUCAGCUCCUGGAAACGCGAAAGCUCAAGCUCGAACGGAGUAAGUGUGAAUGUCUCUGGUUGAACCUUCCUGAGCGCCCUCAUCGGCGACCGCAAGACGACCGUCUCCCUGGAUCGUAUCCCCCUAGACGAGCGGAAGUGGACGCUGACUGGGGUGCCGAUGGGCUCCUUGACCUCGGCGGCGCUACUACGGUCCGAUCUCUGCGAGUGCUUGGCGUUCUCAUCGACCCCGGCUUCGCCUUCACUGACCACCUCGAGUACGUUGUGUCGAAGUGUCAGCGACGCGUGCAGGUGCUGCGCCGGCUGGCAUCCUCCUCCUGGGGCCUCAGCACUGCCUUCUUAGCACACACGGCGUGUGCCUUAUUGCAUCACGUUGCUUGCUUCGGUAUCGUCGCGAUCGGCCCGUAUGUCGACCAACGUGCUGCGCGGAGGUACGACGUCCGGAUCGGUCACGUGGCGGCGCGCUUGGUCCUUGGUGUUUCCCGCACUGUCCGACGCGAGGCCCUGUACACACUCUCUGGCCUC